CCACUGUCAGCCGAACAGCCGAGCAUCACAAAACCACCCUCCCGGCCCGCCCCGCCCACCGGAAACCGGCGACUCCACCGUCAAGCUACCAGCCCCGACCGAGCGAGCCAACAGUAGAGGAGACCAGGAGAACUCGCCAUGGAGGCGACACGGCCAGCGCGGAGCGACCCGCACUUGCCGCCGGAGGAGGCCGCCCGGGCGGAGGCGCAGGUGCGCGGGUACUUCGACAGCAUCGCCCCGACGCGCCCGGCCAAGCCGCCGCGCAGCGACCCGUCGGACGCCGCCGCGGGCUGCGCCGAAGUGGCCGCUGCGGGCGAUCCGCCGGAGCUCCGCAAGCUCCGCGACCUCGAGGCCAAGUCCCCCCAGAAGCUGGUGCUGGACGGAGGGGAUGCGAGCGGGGAGGAGCACGUGGAGACGCAGUAUUACCAUGGGAUCAACUGCAUCGACAAGCAGCAUCACACGACGGGCACGGGCUUUAUCAAAGUGGAAAGAUCCAACACCAACACUAGCUUCCUCGGUGUAACAACUGUGGCGUACUCAUCCAACAACGUUGCUCGUCGCAUGAGCAACCCUGCAACAAAUGAUUGGAUACCAUCCUCAGAGACGGUUAUUCCAGUUUCAAACAAGCCUAGCAGGAGUGACUUUGACCUGGCUCCUUCGCCCAUUUGAAUUAUUGUCAGUCAUUUGGGAUAAUAAAGUGCAUCAUGAUGCAACCACCUAUGUAUAUAAGGAGAAGCCAUGUGAAUGCUGCAAUGGCUGUUACUAUUGUUCAGUUUCU